GGUACGUUCAAUUCUGAACAGAAUGAGACGUCUCCGAAAUUUCAAUGACCUUCCAGUCAAGAACGGUAAGGAAAAUGCAGCGACUGGCAGUUUUAACAUUGCAACUUUCGCACUGCUUACAAAACGUCGGGUCUUUGCGCAUUUUCUUUCCAUUCUUGUUUGGAAGAUCGUGGAAACUUCGGAGACGUCUCAUUCUGUUCAGAAUUGAACGUACCAUCGACCAGUGUGGCGGAAAUUUUUUUAUAUGUAUUCUAAGUUGUCUGCGAUUUCUGUAAAACCAAGGUUUUCUGGGGAUCCUUUAGACCUGUUCCGGAGUAUUCAUACGGGAUUUUUUCAUCGAUCUAUAUAAAUGUCGACGUCGUCUUUCAUUUGAGACCAAAUUCAAGAUUUUUAGAUAGGGAUGGCAGGUCUGAGAAGUUUUACAAAAGUGACUGUUUCUGCUAAAAAAUGCUAAAAAUCCGACUUUCUGUUAGUGGGGUAUUUUGACUGUAUCUUUUUUUCCUACACAGCUAGAGAGUUGCGGUUUUCACCACUGGAUUCAGCACCCAAAACUACAUCUGGAAAUGUAUAUCUCGUUUCCUGCACUACAACUUUUGUAUAACAUGGUAGGUAUCAUGUGGAUUGGCCCAUUGCAAUACAAACAUUCACUAGUACUAAUUGCAUUAAUCAUCUUAUAUACUCUUCUUUCAUUCUAGCUUCUUACCGCUCCGUGGCAUAUUACCCGAUAUGAUAUGCGAUUCGAAGUCGUACAUAGAUUUAUUAACUAUUUAUCAAGAAAAAGCUCGUAAAGACUGUGAAUUAGUUGGAAAUUAUCUGUAUGAUCUAUUGCAGAAGUACUGUAGUAAAAAUGUUUCAUCGAAAGCUCAAUUGGAUGAUUUAGUAUCGAUUUAUUGUAAAAAUUCGUCAUUUUUAAACGUGGUACGCACCAGUGAAUUGAAACAAGAAUAUCGACAUGAAAAUAACGAAUCUUUAAAACAAUAUGUCGAACAAUUACCCGCUGCGCAACAAGCACCAAGUGACGGUGAUCAAAGUGAAUCAAUGAUGACACCACAACCAAUAUUUGCUCAAGAUUGUCCGGAAUUAUGCUGGUAUAUUGGCUUGCGUUUAUGUGAUUUAUUUCAUGAGAAAUAUGGUCGUUAUCCGGGUGAACAAUUAAAAGACAUUCAAAAUGGGAGCGAAGAUGAUAAUAGUCGUGAAGAAAUGGAUACGGAUCAACGUCAAAUUGAAACAGAUUUACAUGAUUUAAAACUUAUUGGAAAACAAUUUUUGACUGAUCAUGAACUAGCCAAACAUCAAGGUGGUAUUCGUGAUACAGUUUUAGAAGAAUUAUGUCGAUAUGGUUCGUGUGAAAUUCAUUCCAUAGCCGCAUUUGUUGGUGGAUGUUGUGCACAAGAGAUAAUCAAAUUAAUUACACAUCAGUAUAUACCCAUUGAUAAUACGUUCAUAUAUAAUGGUAUUAAACAAUCAACAGCUUUGUUCAAAUUUUAA